CACACAGCUAGUAUACCAGUAACCAAAUCAAACCCUAGCUAGCUAGCUAGCUAAGCUAGCACGCACCCAUGGCGUCGUCUUCCACCUCGAGCUCGCUCGCCGCGGCAGCGAUGGUGGCCGUCGUCCUCCUCCUCCUGGGUGCCACCGCCACGUCCACCCAGGCGGCGCGCCUCCUCGACGAAGAACUCCCCACCGCCGCCAUCCCGGCGAUCCCCGGCGUCCCCGGAGUGCCGGCGGUCGGCCCCGGGAUCCCGGUGAUCCCCGGCGUGCCCGGAGUGCCGGUGGUUGGCCCCGGGAUCCCGUUCGUGCCGGUGAUCCCCGGCGUGCCGGUGAUCGUGCCGAUCAUCCCCGGCGUGCCGAUGAUCGCCGGCAUGACAACCCUGCCAGUGCCGCCAUUUGUGCCGCCGAUUGAUCCCGGCGCCGGCGCCGGAUUCCCCGGCGUGCCGCCGGCGUCGUCGACCACCGUGCAGGAAGACCCACAGCCGCCGAUGCCGUCCGUCGUUCCACCCGUGCCAUAGGUGUUAAUCAACUCCGGCGAGCCACCAUGCCGUCGUUAAGUUAUACCGUUGCUCACGCCGCCGCGAUGUGUGUACUCCGGCGGCUUAAUAUAACGUGCCUCCUUACUGUGUGUUAAUUAAGUACUCCUCCUGUCUAAAAAAAAUUAACUUCUCUAUGAAUUUAUAGACGUAGUUAGAAGUUGAUUUUUUCUUGGAUGGUAAGAGUACAUGUGUUACCGUGUGUUGUUACGUUAAGUUGGUAAUUUGUGUACUGAUGAAUCGUGUGUGUAUGAUGUGCACUGUGCAGUGCAGACCAGGUACGUACGUGUGGGUCGCGUCACCCAAUCUCUGAGUGCUCGCAAAAUUUAAUGUGCUUAAUGCACGAAUUAAUUAUACGUCGAAUAUUAUAGGUUUUAAUUUAA